AUGCUCUCGUCAAUCUACCGCCAAACAGGAGUCCGCAUUCUCUUUGCAGCUGCACGUGCUUGCCCUGUCCGUGCCUUCGCGACAGGUGCUCAGCAAAGACCAGCUCUACCGUUGGAAAAGGCCAUAGCACAGCCGGACUUGCUGGUACUCGAUGUGACAUCCGAGAUGGAGUUCAGCGAAGGGCAUCAUCCCGAAGCGAUCAAUAUCCCAACUCAACUCAUAGGGGAGAGAAUAGAGGAGCUUGGUGCUGACAAGACUCGGCCCAUCCUGGUGUACUGUAAGAAGGGAGUGCGAGCUGGUAUGGUCACUAAUGCUCUGAUGCAGAAUGGCUUCGUCAAUGCAUUUGCAACAACUGAUAAGAGCACUGCUCAAAUGCUGACUGAUAAAUUUGGCGUUAAGAAGUGA